AUCGCUGUGAUAACAGGGAGCCGCUUAAUGUUUAGCCCAAGAUCCACACACUCACACACACACACAUACACACACACACAUAGAACACACACAGGGAAGCAGAAGGAUUACAAAGGCACAGGGAUCCAUAUUCUGACCAGGGGAUGGAGGCAAGAAAGCUAAACGUGAGGAGAACGCAAGGUAGUAAUGACCAAGGGCCUGGUGUUGAUGACGAAGCCCCAGCGGCACCGAGUCGUCCUCUCACUGCCGUAGCUCGUCUCUACGUGUACGCACUGCAUGGCUGCCUCUGUGAGGUGGCCUUCACCGCCGUGUGGGACUGGUGCAGAACCCAGGACAGGAGGCUGGCGGGCCACAGCAGCCUGUGGGCGCUGCCCAUGUACGCCAUCGCCAUCUACCUCAUUGAGAUCCUGAGAGCCCGUCUGCUGGCUCGCCGUCUCCCGCUGCCGGCGCGUCUGGCGGCCUACACCGUGUUCAUCUACCUGUGGGAGUUCAGCUGGGGGGUGGGGCUGAGUUUGCUGGGGGCCUGUCCCUGGGACUAUUCAGGUCACAGCUACAACCUGGGAGGACUGGUGACUCUGGAGUACGCACUGCCCUGGACUGUGGCAGGAUUCAUAGCUGAGCAGCAUGUGAUCGUGAACACUCUGAGGAUAAGACUGCACAACUGAACUGGUAGCAGUCUGGAAAACUGGGCUUCCAAAAGCAACUACAAAGCAUUUAUGGACAUUGUUUUGGACAUUUUGAUGUUUAAAAAGUUGGUGCACAUGUUGCAUAUCCCUCAGUUGUGCCAGUAAAUAUGACACAUUUUUCAACUCAA